AUGAAAGCAAGGUGGCUUUUCUCUCUCUUUUGUUUGCUCUCAGCGCCCAGUGUCACAGGCCCGACUGCAGAUGUCAUUACCCAGACAGAAGUGGUCCAUGCUGUGCCAGGUACUGACAUGACCCUGGUGUUCUUGUUCCCAAAACCGCACAGCACCCACAUCAUACAGACACAGUGGUCCAAGACUGAUGGCAGCCCCUCUACCAAAGCUGUAUAUCACCCCAUCUAUGGCACCCAUUACUUCAGGUUUUCUGAGGCUCCUUACAACUUUUUGUCCUUCAGCACAAGGAUGUGCUGCAGUGGGGACAACACAGGGUCCUUGUGUUCCACCAAUCCAAAUGUCACAUCUGCAUGCAAUUGGUGGAUGCUGCAUCUGGAAAAUAUUACCGUGUCACUUACUGGGCAGUACGAAUGCACUUUUGCUACUUACCCAUAUGGGACAAAGGCCGCAAAAAUUCAACUUACUGUCAAGCAGAAGGAAAGGCACUACCUGAAGAAAGUGUGGUUAAAGCAGACUUUACAAAUUCCAUGCCUUGAGGACGAGACCUCAGAAAAUUUGUCCACUUAUCCUUUGAAAUGGUUAGUGGAUGAAAAUGGGAGGAAAGAGGAAAUUGUGACCAAGGAGCCCUCUUGUCCUGCUGUGUACAGGAACAGCAGGAUGCUGUAUGGGCAGGCAGUCCUCCUGCGUUUGAGCAAUGCCCUAAAGGUUUUCCCCACCAAAAUCACUGAUGAUGGAGUCUUUUCCUGCUACGUGCUGCACCACCCAGAGAGAGUCCAGAAAAGCAGCACCACUGUGAGAGUAUUUGCUUACCCUGAGAUCUUCAUCAGCCAGCACCUCACAGAAGGUUCAGCUGGAAGGAUUGAUAAACCUCAUGUGAGCUGUGUCGUGAGGAAGGCAUUUCCUAAGCCAAGCCUCCUGUGGUACAUGGACAGAGUGAGCCUGACAGAGCAGCCUGAAAUUUCUGUGGUACAAGAAGACUUGCAAGACAGUGAAGGUUUCUAUGCAUUGAGAUGAACACUGAUGCUGCAAGGGACCCAUAAGACACAUAAGAAAUUCUUAUGUGUGUGUCUGUUUCCCUUCCCAGAAAAUGAAACACAGAAUAUUUCAUCUGAAGAAAUAUUUGUUUCCUUCGACAAUAAGUAUAAUGAAGCCUCUGAAGUUUUUACUACCACGGUUUCAGAUGACUUCGGUAAUUCAACACUUACAUCAGCUGUCAUGACAGCCUCAGAGCACCAGUCGACAUCUGUGGCCUCUCUGGAUUUCACAAGUCCAGAAAAUUUGACUCCUGCUUCCACAACACAAGGUGACAGGAGGAACACCAAAGCCAGUCACUUCCCCUGGCCAACAGUCGUAGCUGUCCUGUUCCUCGUCUGCAGCGCUCUGGUACCUUUAGGCGUCAGGAAAUGGUGUCAGUACCAGAAAGAGAUUAUGAUGAACAGACCUCCAUCUUUCAAGCCACCGCCACCUCCAAUAAAGUACACCUCCAUGGCAGAGUGUGAUGGGACUCCCCCAUCCUGCCACAAACUGGAAAACCUGUAA